AUGAAAUGGGGAGGCCAUUCUUGCACCGCUGAUGGACUUGAAAAUGGCCGCGACGUUUACUGGUGCGAUGGGUGGACUAUAGAACGAAUUGCUUUUGGCGAUCGCGGAUGGACGGCACAUGCAACUGACAGCAACAAGUACGCGUGGAGCAACACCGCUGAUACCGAACUGCUUUGUCUUGGUGAUAAUGGGGAACUCAGAAGGUUUUUUCCUUGGGGAGGUGAGCAGCUAGAGCUUUAUCUACGACACGAAGGCUCAAUCGAGAAACUACAACCCUGCGCCAGCCACGAUUGCUCCGACAAUGAGUUCUGUUCUAACAAUGAAGAUGGAUCCUCCUUCACUUGUAUUCCUCGGCCAACGACGACGCCAUCGACAACAACGACGAUUUCUUCCGAAGGAACAGUUUGGUUCGUCCAGUACGAAAUGAUUACCGAUUACGUUGAGGCUAAAGAUAUGUGCCGAAAAAUUGCCGAAAUCAAGUACCUGAUUAAGCAGUGGAAUCUCCACAAGACCGAGUACCUCGGUUUCUUGACCUUUGGCCAGUUCUUCUGUGGCUCCGAUUUUCUAAAAGCCAUCGAUGAUGGACGACUCCGCAUUGAUUUUACGGACAAUCGACCUGUCUACGCUUAUUCUGGCCAGACCGCCUACAAGGAGAACGGAAACUUUUCCAAGAAGACUCUUCAGUUCAUGUAA